UGAUUAACAAACAUGAAAAUGGCAACUUCAGGAUAACUAUUUGAAGCAUGGCUGCACCUAGCGAUACCUCCACCGACUCAUUGUUGCUUCUUAACUCAGCGAGGGAAACUAACUACCCCAAAGAGGAUCUGAGAGAUGCCGAUUUUCUAUUUGUUGACUCUGAAAUUCCUGCCGACGAUGAUGAGGACGAAGGCGAUGUGUCAACGCGAAGCGCUCCUUCCGGCCUCAUGGCCGAUUAUGACGUCAGUAUCUCUUUCGACCUGAACAAAGAUGAAAACAGUGCCUCGUUUGAUGUGAACAAAAACGACAAUGACGUUGACCUGCUGCAGUCAGAACGCAGUGAUCAUUCGGAGUUCGAAAGCGCAACUGAUGGUUUGGCUUCUGUAGAUAACAAAACUGUAACGGAGAGUAAAGAUAUUCAUCAUUCAGAAUGGCCAAUGCUGGCUAAUGGUGUUCUGUCUCAGUAUCCUGAUGAAUCAGCAAGCUUAAACACACUUCUGCCCGCCUUAAAAACCCACGCAAACCAGUCUGCCACGCCUUUAAGCAACAGUGAACGGAAUCUCGCGAGAGUCGAACCCCAAGUAAACGUCAGAACUACAUCGACCAAAAGAUCAUCACGAAUGGACUCGGCUAGACAGACUGCGGUAUCAUUGAAUGAUGAACUUUGUGGUGGAACUAAUGUAGCUGGCGACAACAUUUCAGCUAGGAAGGGAGAUCAAGCCGCAAUUUCAGACGUGGAAAGUGGAGUGAAAAGAAACGCGGAAGAGUUGGAAGCGGUGGCUGGUGAGUUGAGACAGGGUCUGGGUCUGGUGUUCGAACAGCUGAACAAAAUAGUGGACGGGGACACCAGUCUGGCCAAACAGUUAGACUCGCAUAGAGCAGAGCUGGCUGAAGUGUGUCGACUGGCUGUUGGUCUUCGGAGCGAUAUGUCCACUCUGACUUCUCGCCAAGAGCGUCUCGAAAGUGAAAUGAAAGACCUGAAGAUGGAACUGGGUAUCCGCUACUCAACAGCCAGCGAAAGUUCGCUUGUCCCACCAAGCACAAAUAGCAUCACUCGGAGACAAGGCGACGGAGCCUCUUCUGGAUGUCUGGAUAAUGCUAUGGGUGGUAGUGGAGUGAAUAAAGAUAUGAAUCGAGCAUUGUCUCCGAAGUAUAAUUGUGCGAACUCACGAUUGUCUUCAAUCCGAAGUUUCAAAACGCUGUCAAAGGCGUCUGUUGCAGAUAAUAAUGACACCGUCAGUUUUACCUCGGCAACUCAUAAGUCAUCCACAAUGCAUGCUGCUGGUGCUGGGGGCUCUACUACUAACAUGGACAACUGUGGUGCCUAUCCCAGUUCAGCAUCCACUCACAGCAGCUCAUCACACCUCACAAACACAAUCACCAGGGCAGACUAUAUUAAUGCAGCAGAGAAUUUCGAUAAGUCGAUCAAGGAGAGCUUUAUGAAGUCUGCUUCGAUGCACACUGAACUGUAUGAGCUACUCCAUCAUUAUAUCGGACAUUACCUGAAGACUUCUCGCAAGAUGGAGAGCUGUAUCCAGAAGUCAGAGUACUCACAGUUCAACGCGCGCUUGACUUUCCCGAGUGUCCUGCGUGCUAUUAAGGAGUGCAACCAGCAAUUGUGGAAGAGCUGGAAUGCAUGUGUUGAGUGUCUACAAGAUAGAAAUAGUUGCUCGAGUGUAUCUGGUGGUAAUUCACGGAUUGUUUUACGAGAGACAUUCGCCGAGAAUUUGCUGUCGGCACUGAGACUAUUCAUGGACAAUGAUCUAGAAAAAAUUUACAUCAACGGGUGUCGCAGCUACUUCGAAUCGAUUCCUACCUCAGUUUCUCAACUCAAGCUAUCAAUUCAGAACAGUGCAACGUUCGCAAAUUACAUCGAGGAUCAAGCGAGGAGUACAAGAAUUAGACUGACUAAGCUGUCCCACUGGGAUCCUAGUCAGAGUCAAGGUCACACAGAAGUCAUGCACUGGAUGAUGAUGUUGCCCUACCGCAUGCUCAAGUUGGAUCAGUCCUUCCUGGAUACUGCCUCAAAUUUCCUCACAAAAUGUACCUGUCCAUCACACUUGCACCACGAAGAAGUCGCUGAACGUGACGACGCUCAGCCACAACGCGAGUCCAGACAACCCCACAAGGCGGUUUCAAUAUCGUCGACAGAAAAUGGAAAUAUCAUGCAUAGCACGCCAAACGGGGUGGAUGAUAAUGCGAGUCUUAUUUGCAGUGAGUCGGCAAUGAGAUUCACGCCUGUGCUUCGGAUGAUUCACGAGGUGUCUACUCAGAUUUCGAAGUGCAUGCGAGAUGCGGAGACUGUGUUGAUUAAUUGUAGAGAUGUUGAAUGUGAUUUGUCGUCUGAGUUCUGGGGAGAGCCUUACAACUGUCUAUCUUCUGAAUCCUCGCCUCUUCUACCAGACGCAAAAAUGCCACUUGGCAUUUCUUCUCAAAACUUAAACUUUGUUCAAAACGGAUCCAGUGAAAAAUAUCAAAACGAAGACAUAAUGAAUUCUUACUUAAAUUUGAACAAGAUACUAAACAGUCAAAUGAGUACAGAUACUGUGGUAUCGGAAGACGUGCAAAUGUCCAAUAGAGGGAUCCCGAAAUCUCAAACAAUCCAGGACUUCGCUCAGGUUCAAGUAAGCAACUGCGCUACACCGACAAACAAGCUAAUGCACUCGUCCUCCUCUGAGUUCCUGAACAAAUCUCUAAAACGUGAGCUAAAAACUAUUCCAAGAGACUUAUUUCCGAACGAUCAUUACGCAAAUUGUAAAUGCGAACUUUGCUUUGACCGAGAUCGCAGGGAUAACCAAUUAGUGCCAAGCAUGUUGUAUGAAAACAAUUUGGUCGAAUUCGAACAAUACGAGCUCGAAAAAUCUAAGAAAAUUCAGGCUGAAAUGCAAGCUAAAACUAAAUCUGCUACUUCAGAGCAGUUGUUCGAGGAUUUGGAAAAUAUUUGCCUCAAUGCUGAAAUGACUGUAAAAUGUCUGUUGCCAUUUAAAGAUCUAAAGGACAUGAUUCGCAAUGACCAUACUGUUAUGAACAAUGAAGACAUACUAAUUAAAGAAACGGGAGAUCAAUUGGUAAUUCAUCAGAAACUGCCUGAAGAAAAACGGUCAAUUGAACCCGAAAAAGAACCCGUUUCAGAGCACGCCUAUCAGAUUACAGAUAUCACAAACGAACAAUGGAUGGAUGAUUUAAACCAUGUAGUUCCAGCAAAUACUAAUUCAGCUGGGCAGAAAAAUUUGACAGAUGCAAAAAUGUAUUAUCACAGGUACAUAAUGCCUUAUCAAAAAGCAAGAAACGUCGCCGAGCCGCCUCAAAAAGACGACGAUACAGCAAAGAAGAAGAAAACUUCAAGUCAAAGUAGAAGUAAAAGUAAAGCGAAGAAGAGUUCGACGUCUCAGGCACUGAUUGUUGACGAUUCGACUAAUUUGGAGAGUUAUGAACAAAGAACAAGUAGCUUGUCAGCAACAUGGAAUAAAGUUAGAUCUCGAACACCAUCGCUCAAAAGCGAUCUUUGCGGAGGGCUUCUGUCUGCUGAUAAUUCAGAUCUGCGAGAUUAUUACAACAUGAGUGGUGGCGGGUUCAAGUCCGGUCAAAAGGAUUCAGGGAUGUCUAAAUCAGAACAGAACUUGGCACAUACUUACGGAUACUUAGUUCAAAAUCAUGAUUCGGAUUCACGAGAACAUGGCAGAGCACCAGAUGAAAUGGAAGGGAUGUAUGAGUUACAGAAUGGUGAAGAUAAUGAUAGCUUGCCCUAUACGAAGAGUUCUCCCAAAUACAGAAGAAGCGGGACGGUAGUAGUUUCGGGUUCGAGUAACAGGGUCCCAAGUGGGUGUGAGUUAACCCCUCUUGCCAAUGGGCGAACUGAGGAGCGAAAGACGAGGAGCAAGUCUCUGAAAAACCUGUUCGGAAUGAAAUCUCGAGACAAACGGAAACAGACGAAAAGCGAUUCUGCCUCAACGCACAGCCGAGGCAGCGAAAGCAACGCUUCCACUUUAGAUAGAAAACUCAGCAGAACAGACUGUUCAACUCCGAAUGUACAUGAUAUAAACAAACACACCGUAGAUUACAUUGCAUCCUUAUCAUCCGUAGCUGUAGAAACAGCGAGACAGUCACGAAGUCGAACCAGUAAUCCGAAUACUUACAAUACAAUGGCUAAAGAGAGACAUCGGUUGAACUCAUUGUCAUCCGGGAGGUCGGCGUCCCAGACAAGUCUUUCAAUGUACAGUGGGAGUGAUCACACCUUAGGCGGUGCAGAAGGGGAGGAGGAGGAGUGGGAUAUUGCGGUGGCCCCGUUGUCUCCUGCGAGUAUGAAGUCAACUAACAGGAGUAAACGGACGGCCAUAGUAGCUAGAUAUGACAUUGCGCCUGUUGCGAACCUUCCAAAUUUUGCAGUGAAGCAGCGUGUGCCUCGCACCCCAACACACUUCCGACCCAUCUCAAUGCAGAACAACAUCACAACCCAACUCAUCCACAAUGAUGACGCCAUCCCAUACCCUGGCGACAAUUCAUUCACCUGUUCAAACGACCACAUGGAGAGUGUGCCGCAAGGACUCGUCCAGGCACGUUCGAAAGCGUUUGAACAAAUCGCAAACUCCUCAAACCACUACGAAAUGUCUCGCAAUGGAAACUCUAGUGUAAAUCAGCAUAGUCAAAGUUUCAACAAGGGCGUUUGUAAUCCGAAUAAUUUGACACCCGGACAUAUGAGAUCUUCACAGACUUUGGACACGCUUUCAAAUGUGUAUUACACCGAAGGCAAAUCAGCAAAUGAUUUCCAUAAUGGAAAACAGCUCGCUAAAACUAGCUCUAAUAAUGGAACUGCUAAUACUAAUCAAACUACUACUCAUUCAAGAAACUAUGAACAUAGAUCUAGAGCCAAACAUGUUCUUUAAAUUCUCGGGAUUGUUGUUUUGUUCGCCAAUUUUUUGUACGAGAGGAUGUUUUGUAUAUUACCUUCAACUUCAGUUGCGUUUUGAUAAAAAUAAGUUUCUGCAAUAAUUCUGUGCCUAAAUGUACACCUCUGUUGCCCUCUGUACUUUGUAGUAUACUGUUAACCGAGUGUAAAUAUUUUUCCACCUUCAUCGUCAAUUUACCGUGUCACAUUCGCACAUAGUUUGUAAAUAAAAUACCUUCCUCGUUAAUUCACUUCACCUGCGUUUUUUUUGUUUGAUACUUUUCCUAAUUAGAAUAGUCCUUUUUGUGCUAUGGCGAACAUGUUGAAUGGGAAAAAGUCGCCUUCUUUUCAGAUGCAUUUUCCAUGCAGUUAUUUUGUUUCGCUGUUUCCGUUGCUGUCAACUUAUAUAUUCUAAAUUAACUAAAAGAUGAGUGCAAAUUUGAUGUUUUCUACCAUCUCACUGUUGAGUUUUUCAAAGUGCUAGAAACAAGCUGUUUCUAUAUUUAUUUCUAACCUUUUAGUAGAUAAAUUGCUAAGAAAUAUCUGUAAAUAGUUUUAACCGCUUAAAAAUUGCUGCUUAAGUUCUGAUGCACAGCUAGCAGUUCAUUUUAGUUUCACUCUCAAUAUAAUUCUAGUUUUUUAGUCUUACCCGCCUUGCGUAUAGAUUACUCAUUUUAGACCUGUAGUUUUGAUAACUAUUUUGUUCUAAAUUCUGAUGAGUUUGAAAUUCCUACUUCCUUAUGUGUAUUUAUUUCAAAUAAUGAUGAAUUCAUUUUCACUGUGACCUGUGUUAUUGUACAGUUAAUGACGAAUUGUUGGCAAUAUCGGUGACCUUGG